AUGAUGCAUGCUGUGUCGCGUGCAGGUGGCAAGUUUACAGUCCACCGAACCCUUACUCAAGCAUGUCUGAGGUUGAGCAGCAUAUCACAGGAACAGGAGGUGGUCAAGGAAGCGCACGUAGUGGUGAUCGGCGGUGGACUGGCCGGCACCAGCAUCGCGUAUCACUUGGCGCAGAAGGGCGUGCAGGGCGUGGUCGUGCUCGACAAAAGUCUCAUCGGCUCUGGCCGUUCGACCACGAAGUCGCCAGGUUUGAUCACCUACUACCACGUGCUGACUCCGAGGUUCGAGCGGGUCAUUUGGCCGAGCAUCGAGCUUUACUCGCACCUGAAGGCGGUUGACGGAAAGGUAUUUAAGCCGAACUACGAUUUUCUUUUCUAA